UCCGGCAUAGCAUUAUUCAAGGGCCAGACGCCUGCGCGUCCCCUGCCGGCACUUGAGACCAGGGAUACCGGUCUCUCAUUUUCUUCUACCAAUGGCGUAAAAGCGAUUUCCGAUACAGCCUCGAGCACUGGUACUGGUUUGACAAACCCUCUUGAUUACUUUAAUGAUCGACGCAAGCGACCUGUAUCGAUGGCGUCAAACAUGCCGCUCGACAUCUCCGGAAGCAGAGAGCAGUUGCACGGCGGCUCCGUUGGUAUUCUCGAGGCGGUUGGAAAAGAAUCCACGCACGAUGGACAAGCAAGAUUCUCCAGUGUUGGGUUAGUAAAUUUUGUUUCUUGA